UGCGUCACACACGAUACACACACUCCCUCACUCAUUCUCAACAUUCUUACAGUAACGCACUACUACUAUUACACAUUUAAGUAUUUACUGUUAAAAGUUAAAACUACCAAUUCAAUAACACGUUGUUUUCGUUUUUCAGUAUACUGUACUAAUUAAACUUAAACGUUCUAGUUCUCAAUCAAUUCAACUAUUGACUUUUCAUUUUGUCAGUUUUUAAAUUAUUGUGUGGUUUAAAAUUACCGUAACUUAUUAUGUUUUCGUUUUUGAAGUUUUUAAAUUCUAAAUCGGAUGCUGAUAAGAAUAAGGGGCCCAACAGCUUAAAUGGUAAAACUUUAAACCAAAAUAGUCCACAGGCCAGGGCUCUCAAUGUUUUUAAUAAUAAGUCACCAAAAUCAAAUGGAAGUAGAACUUCAUUAAGAAAUAGUUUGAAUGGUAACAAUUUAAAUUAUGGCAAUAACACAUCAAAAGACUUACAUGAUAAGAAGCGGAAAUUGAUGGAAACAUUAGAUAACUUUGGAAUGAGAAAAAGAACUCGGCAAGAGAGUGGUGUUGAUGCAUUUGUUAAUCGAUGUCGAAGAACUAUUAGUGAAUCUAAUGCACCUGACCAUGUGAUGAAUGGGCAUAAUCAUAGAUUCAACCAACCUACCCCAACAGUAACAAAUUCUUCAAGUGCCAAAGUAGAAAACAAAAAAACUGUAAGACAAGGAGAUUUUGGAACAAAUAUUUGUCAUCCUCAGAAGAAACCUAGGACUCGGAAUAAUGAAAUAUUGAGCUCCUAUAGUUCUAGCAAGUUUUUAAAGCCUGGUCAAAAACGGACUUAUCCAUAUGAUCAAGAAGACGAAUCACCAGAUCGUAAGCAUUGUAAAAGCUGUACAUGCUGUGGUUCUACUGUUUUACUUCAUAAUGACUGGAAUAAUUCCAAUAAAAGUGACAAAACCACAGAAACUGACAUGGCUGAUGAUCUAGUAACAGUUGCAGCAAGUCGCAUAUUUAACAGAAGUGGUAAAACCCAGAUUGUUAAGAAAGUAUGUAUGAAAACUAUACUUGAUGAAGUAUUUGAUGACAUUGAUCCUAUACCAUAUACAAGUAUUGAAAAACUUGAAGAAAAAAAGAAAAAAGCUCUGAAAAAAGGUGAUGAUAAUUUUCAAACUGGAGGUCAAAAUAAUUUUAAUAAUGACAAGGAUAAACCAUCAUUUGAGUCGACUGUCCCGACAUCUAAAACAAGYGAAUCUGUAACAAAUUCAUCUACUGUUAGUGAUUGUUCUAAAAUGAAUAAUAGCAACUUGCAUAUACAAUUUGAAACUGGAACGUCAACAGACAAUUCAAAGAAAGAAGCAGCGCCAUCAUUUACACUUGGAGUACCCAAAGCUGAUGAAAAGCAAUCAACACCUAUAAUGCAAUUUGGUGCAACUAAAACAGAUGCCAUUCAAUUAACACCUAAAACACCGUCAGAAGGAACAAAAGUGUCAGAAACCCCAACAUCUACUCAAUCGUUAUUCCCUAUUAAUAAUGAAAAACAAUCAACACCUGUAAUGCAAUUUGGUGCAACUAAAGUUAAUGAUAAACAAACAACACCUGUAAUGCAAUUUGGUGCAACUAAUGUAGAUGAUAAACCAUCAACACCUACCAUACAAUUUGAUGUAACUAAAGCUGACGAUAAACAAUCAACGCCUGCAAUGCAGUUUGGUGCAAAUAAAGGUGAUGAAAAGCAAUCAACACCUGUAAUGCAAUUUAGUGCAACCAAAACUGAUGCCCUUCAAUCAACACCUAAAAUGCCAUUUGAAGCAACAAAAGGGUCAGAAAAUCUAACAUCUACUCAAUCAUUAUUCUCAUUUGGUAGUGAAAAACAAUCAACACCUGUAAUGCAAUUUGGUUUACCCAAAACUGAUGUUGUUCAAUCAAUACCUAAAAUGCCUGUUGAGGCAACAAAAGGGUCAGAAACCUCAACAUCUCAAUCAUUAUUCUCAUUUGGCAAUGAAAAACAACCAACACCUGUAAUGCAAUUUGGAGUGCCUAAAGUUGAUGAUAAACAAUCAACGCCUAAAAUGCCGUUCGAAGCAACAAAAGGAUCAGAAAGUCCAAAAUCUACUCAAUCAUUAUUCUCAUUURGCAAUGAAAAACAAUCAACUCCUGUAAUUCAAUUUGGAGUGCCUAAAGUUGAUGAUAAACAAUCAACGCCUAAAAUGCCGUUUGAAGCAACAAAAGAAUCAGAAAGCCCAAAAUCUACUCAAUCAUUAUUCUCAUUUGGUGGUAAUCAAAAAUCUAUAGAAAAUUCAAAAUCAGCUGAUCCUGUGAAAUUUCAAUUUGGUGCUUCAAUGUCUGAUAGUACACCUUUAACAGAAUCUACAAAUGCAGUUUUUGGGUCAAAUUCGCAAAGUAAAAAUGUUUUCAGUUUUGGUAAAACAGAUAGUAUUACCUUGCCUACUGGUAAUCCUCCAAAGUAUGAUGCUGCAAUCGAAAAAUCAACUCCCAAAUUACAAUUUGGCGCUUUGCCAACACCAGUAUUUGGAGCAUCUACAGCAGAUCAAUCAAAACCUCAAUUUAAUACUUCUGUUAGUCAAUCUGCUAUCAAUCAAGGCCCAAAAUUAGUUUUUGGUAGUCAAACAGCUGAAAACAAACCAACAACUUCUGCUGCUUCUAGUAUAGGKUUUGCUAAUAAUACAGCAAAUCCCAUUUUUCAAUUUAACAGUUCUGGAUCAAAACUUGGUGAUAAACCUUCUGAGACGCCAAGUGGCUCAUUUUCAUUCUCUUCUAACAAAACUUCAGCAGUUUUUGGAGCUUCUGCUCCACAAGAUUUAAGAGAUAAACCAGCAUUUCAGUUUAAUACUCAAAAAACAGAAGAAACAAAAACCCAGUUUCCAGCUCCAGAUUUUGGAACUCAAAAUACAAAUGCUCCCUUUAAAUUUGGUGGGAAUGAAAAACCUGUUUCUUUUGGAACUUCUUUUCCUACUUCCAACCAACCAUUACAAUUUGCAAAUAAUACUGAAAAAACAGAACCAUUCAAAUUUGGAAGUUCAGUCCAAACGAGUAAUGCAUUUCAAUUUGGUGCCAAUAAAACUGAUGAUGGUCCAGUAAAAUUUGGCCAAACUUCUAACACAUUUCCUACAUCAGGAUUUAGUGGUUUUGGUAAUACAGCACCUCAACAAACCACAACAUUUGGUACUGUUCAACCACCUCAACCAUCUCCAUUUGGCAACAUAACUUCCCCAACGGCUGUACCUACAUUUGGUAGUGUAGCAUCACCUCCAUCUAAUACAUUUGGAACUAAUCAAAGUUUUCAGUUUGGUAGUACAAACAAUGCUCCUACUAGCUCAUCUACAUUUACCUUUGGCAGUAAUACACAACCUACUAAACCAGAUGGGGCUUUUAGUUUUAAUGCUGCUUCUACAACUGCUUCCCCAUUCCAGUUUGGCCAAGGCCCAUCACCAUUGUCAACACCACAGUUUGGAGGAACACAACCUAAUCAAGGAUCAUUUGGUUUUGGAUCACCUCCAAUGUCUGCAACUGUUAUGCCAGGAUCAAGUCAACCGUUAUUCUCUAUGGGAACAGCUCCUGCCGGUGAAAGACGUAAAGCUAAAGCAGUUAGAAGAAGACAAUAAUUUAAUGAUUACAAUUUCAAUUUUUCAAUUGUUAUAAUACUCUUUAUUUAUAGAGUUUCAACAUUCUAUCUUUACAAAACAAACACACUGUAGUAAUAUCUCAUAAUAUCCUUAUUUGACUAUUACAAUAAGUUUGAGGUGUAAAUGUAAUUUAUUUCUUGUAUUUACAUUUAAAAAAGGUCAAAUUUUAAUUAUUUGUCAGCAGACUAUUAUGUUGUUGCUUCUAUGGCUAUUUUAUUCUUCUGUGGCAUU